AUGUCGCCAACGGCAGUUCUCAAUGAUGCAGUCAGCAUUGUUGACAUUCAUCAGGAUGACUUGAAGUUCAGCUUGGUAGACGAUUUGUUCAAGAAAAUCGAUCCGCCAAAGGGCAAGAGACGUUCGUUUCCCACCCUCUUGCUCUACGACGCCAAGGGCCUGAAACUGUUCGAGAAAAUCACCUUCUUGGACGAAUAUUACCUCACCAAUGCGGAGAUUGAUGUCUUAAAUACACAUGCAAAGAGGAUCGUGGAACGAAUUCCAGAGAAUGCGCAACUGAUUGAGCUUGGUAGUGGAAAUCUACGCAAGGUUGAGAUCCUCCUGCGAGAAUGUGAACGGAUGGAGAAGAAGGUUGACUAUUACGCUCUCGACCUUUCUCUGGUCGAACUGCAACGAACCUUUGCUGAAAUCUCCCCCGAGAAGUUCGACUAUGUCGGUCUUCACGGCCUUCAUGGCACAUAUGAUGACGCCCUGGAUUGGUUAAAGAGACCUGAAAAUUGCACAAGACCGACCGUUGUGUUAUCUAUGGGAUCCUCUAUGGGAAACUUCAGUCGCCCCGAGGCGGCGGAUUUCCUUGGCGGCUUUGCCAAAGCAUUGAAACCGUCCGACUUCCUGCUGAUCGGACUGGAUGCUUGUAAGACUCCGGAAAAGGUCUUCAAAGCCUACAAUGACUCCAAAGGCAUCACUCGUCAAUUCUACGAAAACGGAUUAGCUCAUGCAAAUGCCGUCCUUGGGUUUGAAGCGUUCAAGCCGGCCGAGUGGGAGAUUUUGACCGGCUACGACCCGGUCGAGGGCCGCCAUCAAGCUUUCUACGUACCGAAGGUCAAUGUCACCAUUAACGACGUCACAAUUGCCAAGGGAGAGAAACUCAUCUUCGAGGAAGCGUGGAAAUAUGGUCGUGAUGAUCGAGAUGAGCUAUGCCGUCGCGCAGGAUUGAUCCCCCAAGUUGAAUUUGGCAACUCUACCGAUGACUACCACAUUCACAUGCUGUCACCUGCUACUCUUGAGCACCCCACGCAGCCUUCCCAGUACGCAGCUCAACCAGUCCCAAGCCUUGGAGAUUUUCAGUCGCUCUGGACUGCAUGGGAUAUCGUGACCAAAGCCAUGGUUCCUCGUGAUGAUCUUCAUUCGAAGCCUAUCAAGUUGCGAAAUGAACUGAUUUUCUACCUCGGUCACAUCCCAACAUUCUUCGAUAUUCACAUGACUCGAGCUUUACAAGGACGGCCAACUGAGCCAAAAUACUACCAGCAGAUCUUUGAACGCGGCAUUGACCCCGAUGUUGAGGACCCAGAACAAUGUCACGCUCAUAGCGAGAUUCCUGAUGAAUGGCCACCUCUCGACGAGAUUCUAGAUUAUCAAGAGCGAGUGAGGGGUAGAGCCCGAUCUCUGCUUGAGGAUGGAUCAGCUAUGGAGGACCGAACUGUCGGAGAAGCUCUCUGGAUCGGUUUCGAGCACGAGGCAAUGCAUCUAGAGACCUUCCUCUACAUGCUCUUACAGAGUGACAGAAUUCUCCCACCUAUCGGAGCCGACCCACCUGACUUCGCACACAUGUCUUGGAUGGCAAAGAAGAACAAGAAGCCCAACUCCUGGUUCCACAUCCCACAGCAAACGUUGGAGAUCGGCCUCAACGAUCCCAACGACAAAGCUAUGCCCAUGGAAUCCUUCGGCUGGGAUAUUGAAAAGCCCCAGCGAACUAUUUCUGUGCAUGCAUUCGAAGCUCAGGCUCGGCCGAUUACGAACGGGGAGUAUGCCAAGUACUUGCAGGUCAAUGGUAUCCAGGGAUAUCCCGCCUCGUGGAAGCUGGUCUGCGAAGAUGAAAAUUACGCCAUUACCAACGGUAUCACCCGGUCAAGCCCCAACGCGACCGAGGACUUCUUGAAAAACUUCGCGGACUGGCCGUUGAUCUCGUCAUAUGAUGAAGUUGAGAAAUAUGCUAAAUGGAUGGGCUGUCGUAUCCCCACAUUUGAGGAGGCGAAGAGCAUCUACGCAUAUUCGGACAAGCUUCGAGCUCAAACAUCUAAUGGCACCCCUAACGGUCUGAAGGCCACUGAGCAGCGCACAUCACAGAUAAGCAACGGUGCUGGCAGCUCUUCCUCCAACGGAGUCAACCAUGCUGCGCCAUCUUUAUUCCGGGACCUUGAAGGGUCCAACAUUGGCUUUAAGAACUGGCAUCCAGUUCCAGUCACCCCGAACGGCGACAAGCUUGCCGGCCAGGGUGAAAUGGGUGGUGUUUGGGAGUGGACCAGCUCCCCUCUUGUGCCGCACGAAGGGUUCGAAGCCAUGGAAAUCUAUCCCGGCUAUACUUCGGACUUCUUCGAUGGGAAACAUAACAUCAUCCUCGGUGGAUCAUGGGCGACUUUCCCCCGCAUUGCGGGCCGAUCUUCGUUCGUGAAUUGGUACCAACGUAACUAUUUGUAUGCGUGGGCGGGCGCUCGUCUGGUUAAGGAUGUUUCUAUGUAA